AUGUUCGACCACACGUGCGCGGAAGCGCAAAUUAAACCGGAUUUUUUGCAAAACUUCUGGAAAGCGAUUGAUAUUUAUCUGUUUAAAACGCACGUGCUCAAUAAGAAGCUAUUCGGGGUGAAAAAUGUAACCAUCUUACCGUUCAAAAAUGGUACCACACUGGAUAGUGAGCGCAACUUGGAUCAAUUAAUCACGAUGAAGGUGGAAUGUUUCGAGGCAGAAUGUCGGCGGAAGCUUACGGAUCAAGGGUACACAUUUCAGGAGCACAAACCCGCUGCUACUGGCAGCUGUUCUGUGGAUCUUCUGUCGCAGCAGGAUCAUGACGGUGUGAUCCUUUUGAAUCGUUUACUGCCGAAAAACAUUGAUACCUUUCAACCGAUCGAUGUUGUGUGCUUAAUCGACUUUAGGUCGCACAGUGUGCAGCUCGAAUGUCUGCAAAAGGAAAAAGCGAGCGGAUUCUUUCCAACGUUUCCAUUCUCGGUGCAGAUGUCAGCGGAAAAGCUUUCAAUUCGUGGCAGAUCGAAUGACACACACGACGCCGAAACCAUUUCUUGGAUGCAAAAAUCAUUGAUUGGCAAGUUACACCGCUGGAUGGAAUCAAGCAUUCCCACCGACCCAACGGGCACCAGUACCGCUUCACUGCAAUCCCUUGAUCUGGUCGAUGAUUUGGAGGAGUACAAUUGUCUGCUCAAUAAGCUGAAACAAAAGUAUGGCCAGGCGAUUGUAUCAAUCUGGACCGAAUGUACCGAUCCACAAAAGUUCGUGUACGAAGACAUCGCAAUCGCAACGUAUCUGCUGAUACUGUGGAAACAGGAACGAGCAAAGAACGGUACCGAGCAGCUGCAAACGUUUGUCGAUGUUGGCUGCGGGAAUGGGUUGCUAGUGUACAUUCUCACAUCGGAGGGUCACCGUGGGUAUGGGGUGGACAUGCGGAUGCGCAAGCUGUGGAACCUUUUCCCACCGGAAACGAAGGUAGAUUUGCGUGUCGAGACGAUCGUACCGUCGGAUGCUUGUCUGUUUCCCACCAGUGAUUGGAUUAUUGGCAAUCAUACGGACGAACUAUCGGCCUGGGUUCCGGUUUUUGCCGCACGAAGUUCGUACGGUGGUCGAUUUUUCCUACUGCCCUGCUGCACGUUCGAUUUCGAUGGAUGUAGAUACCAGCGACAGAACUGUUCGCUCAGCCAGUAUGGAGAUUUCUUAAACUACACAAAACAAAUUGCCCGUGUCUGUGGGUAUCACGUGGAGGUGGAUCGUUUGCGGAUACCGAGCACGAAGCGAAUUUGUCUGAUUGGCAGUAAUCGAACGUACCCCGAGCAGGAGCAUAAACAGCAGGAUGCACAAAUAAAAGCGUUCAUCGAGGAGCGUACGAAGACGACGAAAGCGGAGGAGCAAAGCGAAGACAUCUGCCGUCCGAAUUACUGCGAUCCUUGGCUGGGAAAUUUCAAAGCACGAGAAAGUGUGCAAAAGGUACGCAACUGUACGCAAAUUGAUCGGUCCGUAGUGGACAAGAUUGUGACGAUUGUGUUCGAGCAGCUGCUGGCCAAGCGACGCAUACCGGAAGAAUUUACCGAACUUAACUGGAAUGCCGGUGGUACGAUCGAGCUGGAAACGCUGGCCAAAUCGAUACCGCAAGCGUAUCUAACUAUACUGAAGAGUGAGUGCGGUGGAUUGCAAACGCUGCUGCGCAACAAUUCACACAUUUUCCAAGUGGAAAAGGGAUCGGUGAUGCUACGCAUACCGACGAAAAUUAAGGACGAGGUGGAUGCAAAGUUGGCGCAAAAAAUGAAACGAAAGCCGGGUUAUAAACCGAUCAAUUUUAAGCAACGUGCCUGCUGGUUUUUCGCCAACCAUCCUGAGAGUUGUCCGCUACCGGAGAGUGACUGUAGAUUUAAGCAUGGCGAUUGA